AUGCCCAAUCAACACGAGGGCGAGCUCACUGCCCAAUUCUUCCUCAUCGCCAUCAUGCCACGGCCAGUUUUCGAGAAGCACAACCAUCCUGCUACCGGCGCCACAGCCAAGGAGCACGCCAAGGAGCAGCCAACGCUUGUUUGCGCCACACGUACAGAUGAACUCAGUGGCUGCCCAGUUCCGCCCGCCGCCCGCCAAAACUCCGGGGACUCGGGCUCGACAGUUCCGGCGACCCUGUCAAGUCUAUACUAUGGCUCGGUGUCUGCGUCGUCCAUCGACAAAAUUACUUCCUACCACGAGAGCAAGAUGGUGCCUCCUAGCACCCCCGAAACCCUCGCUCCUGAGAUCCCUGCUCCGGAGGAGAAACAACUGGCCUGGACCAAAGUCCGCUCCGUCUGGCAAGAUGCCUUUUCUGAAUUCCUUGGCACCAUGAUCCUCAUCAUAUUUGGUGAUGGUGUUGUUGCUCAGGUCGUCUUGAGUAAAGGGGAAAAGGGAGACUACCAGAGUAUCUCGUGGGGCUGGGGCAUCGGUGUCAUGUUCGGUGUCUAUGUUGGCGGCAAGUCUGGCGGGCAUAUCAACCCGGCUGUUACCUUGGCCAACUGUGUCUUCCGUGGUCACCCUUGGCGCAAGUUUCCCGUCUACGCCAUCGCCCAGCUCCUUGGUGCCAUGGUUGGUGCCGCUAUUGUAUACGGCAAUUACAAGUCAGCCAUUGAUGCCUUCGAGGGCGGCCCCGGAAUCCGAACCGUGAGCGGCGCCAAUGCUACCGCCGGAAUCUUUUGCACUUACCCCGCCGCCUUCAUGACCCGUACCGGCAUGUUCUUCUCGGAAUUUCUGGCCAGUUCUGUUCUACAAUUUGUCAUCUUUGCCCUUGUUGAUGAUGCCAAUAUCGGUGCUGGCAAGCUGCUGCCGCUGGCCCUCUUCUUCCUCAUCUUUGGUAUUGGUGCCUGUUUGGGCUGGGAGACGGGUUAUGCCAUCAACUUGGCUCGUGACUUUGGUCCUCGCCUCAUUACUUACUUUCUUGGCUACGGCACCGAAGUCUUUUCCGCUGGUGGUUACUAUUUCUGGAUUCCCAUGGUUGCCCCUUUCCUUGGCACACUGUUUGGCGGUUUCCUGUACGACGUUUUCAUCUACACGGGCCCAAGUCCCAUCAACUCGCCAUGGUUUGGCCUCAAAAGGCUGGCUCAGCCCCGCCGCGAUGUGUGGUCCAACACGUAUCGAAAGUCGGUCGAGGGUAGAGUCUGA